AUGUCGCACAUUUGUGUUACACCCGAUUGUGGAAAACCCGCUACGUUGCGAUGUCCUACAUGUAUCAAAUUAGGGAUUACUGGUUCCUAUUUCUGCACUAAGGAGUGCUUUAAGAAGUACUGGAAAACCCAUAAAAACCUUCACCUUCUUGCAGUCGAAAUCAUAGAGGGGAAAUGUAUGUUCCCUUCCUCGGAAUUGGACACCAUAUUCGAUGGCUACUAUUUUACCGGUCCACUUAGACCGGCAAAGAAGACGCCUUUUAGAACUAUUCCAGAUCAUAUUGCGCGCCCCGACUAUGCAGAUACCGGCAUUCCGGUGUCUGAACGGGAGGCCAAGAGCUCACACUCGAUUAUUGCGCUCAAUAAAGAAGAAAUUGAGGGGAUGCGGGUCACUGGAAGAUUGGCAAGAGAAGUUCUCGAUGAGGCAAUUGCCGCGGUUGGUGUUGGUGUGACAACCGAUGAAAUUGACCGGAUUGUCCAUGAAGCCUGCAUCGAUCGGGAGUGCUAUCCCUCACCGCUCAACUACUUUAACUUCCCUAAGUCCUGUUGCACGUCGAUAAACGAAGUGAUUUGCCAUGGUAUUCCUGAUCAGCGGCAUCUUGCCGACGGUGACAUUCUCAACAUUGACAUAACCACCUACUUUGGUGGUUUCCAUGGUGACGUCAACGAAACGGUCUUCGUGGGAACGCCUAACGAGAAGUCCAUUCGACUAGUGAAGAGUACCUACAACUGUAUGGCCAAGUCCAUGGAUGCUGUUCGCGUGGGAAUGAAGUAUCGCGAGCUGGGCGACGUCAUUCAACGUCAUGCAAAUGCUGAAGGAUUUUCGGUGGUGCGAACCUACUGCGGCCACGGUGUGCACAGACUUUUCCACUGCCCGCCCAAUAUACCCCACUAUGCUCAAAACAAGGCAGUGGGAUCGACAGCUCCAGGUCAUUGCUUCACAAUCGAGCCGAUGAUCAACGAGGGCAACUGGAGGGAUGAAUUGUGGCCGGACAAGUGGACAGCUGUCACAAUUGACGGUUUGCGAUCUGCCCAAUUCGAACACACCAUGAUUAUCCUCAAACGUGAGGAAGGAAUUGAAACACCCGCCAUGCUGGAAAACGGGCCUCCUUUGGAGGUCGUGACCGCACGCACUAUAAAGGGCGAGGAUAAGUUAGCUAAUGUGGAGCUACCGCCUGAGGAUGCGCUGCAUUUCCGUCGUUACGGACGGCCGCACUUUGUGGAUCAGUUGCACACCCUGAAAAUGGAUGUUAAAGCCAUUUUGGAACAAAAGGGGUCGAAGAGGAAGGUUGGUGAAGAGUUGGUGCUCGGAGAGGAUCUGCUGGCGUGCGCGACGCGCAUAAAUGGCGGUCUGGGCGACCACCAAGAGGGGAGUGACGUUUCCCAUUCGGCGGAAUCCGAAUCACUGCUUCUCUAUAAACGCCUUUUAUAG